UGAGCGGAAUACUGGAUGCCAGGUCCUCCUCUCCAGCUAGUGCAAGGCCAGCUGUCACUGUAGCGACUUUCAUUCAUUUUCCUCGGCCGUGCGGAAUUUCCUCUUCGCUGCAAUCAUGUUCGAGGAGGCGAGCGAGGUGUUUGACAACAUGUUCAAGUCCUCUUUCCCGCUGACUUUGACCUUUAUAGUGUUUCUGCCGGCCGUGCUGAUCCUCGUCUCCCCGCUUCCAGCGGACGCGGCGCAUGAAUUCACGGUUUACCGCAUGCAGCAGUACGACCUGCAGGGACAGAACUACGGUUCAAGAAAUGCCAUUUUGAACACAGAAGCUCGUACUGUGGAGGCGGAGGUGCUGAGCCGCCGCUGUGUGAUGAUGCGACUAGCUGACUUCUCUUAUGAGAAGUAUCAGAAAGCUCUUCGGCAGUCUGCCGGAGCUGUCGUCAUCAUCCUCCCGAAGAACAUGUCCACUAUGCCGCAGGACAUCGUACAACAGUUUAUGGAGCUGGAGCCGGAACUUUUGGCCACAGAGACCAUUGUUCCUGUCUACUUUGCUCUGGAAGAUGAUGAACUGCUGUCUAUAUACUCACAGACGCAGGCAUCAUCCUCCUCUCAAGGAUCAUCAUCUGCAGCAGAAGUUCUGCUGCACUCAGCCACAGCCAAUGGGUUUCAGAUGGUGACGAGUGGAGCUCAGAGUAAGGCUGUGAGUGAUUGGGCCAUCACCAGCCUGGAGGGAAGACUAGGAGGAGUAGGUGGAGAAGAUCUGCCGACCAUUGUGGUGGUGGCUCACUAUGACUCCUUUGGCGUGGCUCCGUGGUUAUCAUACGGUGCUGAUUCUAAUGGCAGUGGAGUGGCCAUGCUGCUGGAGCUGGCUCGUCUCUUCUCCAGACUCUACUCACACAAAAGGACACACGCUGGGUAUAAUUUGCUCUUCUUUCUUUCGGGAGGAGGAAAGUUCAACUAUCAGGGAACCAAACGCUGGCUGGAGGAUAAUCUAGACCACACAGAGUCCAGUCUCCUGCAGGACAACGUAGCGUUUGUGCUAUGUUUGGACACGCUGGGCAACGGAGACAAUCUUUACCUUCAUGUCUCUAAACCACCUAAAGAAGGCAGCCCACAACACACCCUGCUUAAAGAGCUGCAGACGGUCGCCGCUGAUCAGUACCCGGAGGUGAAGUUCUCCAUGGUGCACAAGAAGAUCAACCUGGCGGACGACACUCUGGCCUGGGAGCACGAGCGCUUCGGUAUCCGUCGGCUGCCAGCGUUCACCUUGUCGCACCUAGAGAGCCAUCGCAGUGCCACCAGAAACUCCAUCAUGGACAUGCGGUCAGUGUCCUCCUCUCUGGAUGGGGCGGGAGAGGCCACCGCUGGGCCUCAUGUAGAUCUGAAGAAGCUCAGUCGGAACACUAAGCUGAUCGCAGAGGCUCUGGCGAGGGUCAUCUACAACUUAACAGAGAAGGGCACCAAUGGAGACUUGGAGAUCUUUACUGAGCAGAUGCAGGUACAGGAGGAGCAGCUGGCAUCACUGGUGGACUGGCUGACCACCCAGCCUCGUGCAGCUCAGUUGGUGGAUAAGGACAGUGCUGUGGUCAGCACCCUAGAGUACUACCUGGGCCGCUACCUGAAGGAUGUAAAGAGGCAUUUUGUUAGAGCCGAUAAAAGGGAUCCAGAAUUUGUCUUCUAUGACCAGCUUAAACAAACUAUGAAUGCAUACAGAGUAAAACCAGCCAUCUUUGACCUGCUGUUAGCAUUGUGCAUAGCUGCAUACCUUGGAUUGGUUUAUCUGGCUGUUCAGAAUUUCGGGUUUCUGUACGGCAUCCUGCGUCGGGUCACAGCACCACGAGUCAAGCAGCACUAAACGGCUCCAGCUCUCCUCAUCCCUGCAAUAUGAGGGACUCCCUGCAGUCCCACUGUGGAGCCAAGAGUGUGUUCUUUUCUCAAAUCUGCUGAUCUGUCUUUUCUCUCCCCUCCCUCUUUUCUUUUCUGGGAGUGGAACUUGAUUUUUCCCUGCCAAGUGUGUCGUUUACUGUUCCACCACUUGCCGGCGCUGGUCAGGAGCAGCCUUUUAAAGUCUUCCUUUUCUGUUCCUCUCUAACACUGCCUCACUCCCACGUCCCACAGCCUAAAGCUAAAGUGUUCCUCUCAACAGUACAGCUUGGGUGAUCUCUGCCAAGCGAACAGUGGGUCAUCUUCUUGGGCAGCUAAGUCAGAGUGGGCCAAAUUGCAGCUGGUGAAGUGUUUGCUAGCUGGAAGAAGCUGUUCAUGAAGCUUGUUGGGUUUUAAGAAGGCUCAGGUCUGACAAGUGUAUUUCCUCAGUUCUGGUCCAGGAUAUAUUUGGCCUCAGAUCAGAGAGGUGCUAGCUGGAUUCUGGCUAGUGUAGUAAAAUUGGGCAUGUAAAGACUGUAGAAUCUGUGAGUUGAAAAAUAUUCCAUUAGGCGAUUUGGGCAUCCUGUUUUUUUUUCUCUCCUUGUUUGCCUUUCUUUAAUCCGAAUAUUGUCUUAAGAAUUGAAGAACCAGAGUAUUAAAUUCCUCUUUCUACUAACUUUUUUCCUUUAUCUUUUAGUCUGUCAUUACAUAUUCCACAAUCGAUAGCCAUAAUUGUCUGUUUCAGCUGAAACGUAAACAAAAUACCUCUGAUAUUUUUCCCUCGUUCCAUUCUGCGUGAGAGCCAGUCACUUUCAAGACACAGUAAGUGAGAGCGAAACCGUUGGUGGUACAGGUCUUUCCUCUGUUAUUUAUGGAAGCGAAUGCUUCACUUUGCACUGAUUUUAAAAGGUUUCUUUAGUUCCCCGAGAUUAACACAUUAUCUACGUUUUAUGAUCUGUGUGAGUCUGCUCUAUGAAAACUUGACAAGUCUUGCACCAAACAAAAUAAAAAAAAUAAAUUAAUAAAACAUUGAAAAAUAAAGACGUUUGCCAUUGAGAAA